UACCAGUCCACUCCUCCCCCUCUCACUUGCCCUCCCUCCCUUCCUUCAUGUCUUCUGUCUAGUCAUUUUACCUCAGAUCCUUUGUCCUCAUCUCUUCUGUCCUCACAUCUUGUCUUUUUCUACGUCUUGACUUUUUGUUCUAUAAUUAUUCCGCACAGAUUCUCUGUUUUCUGAAUUUUCCUGCCAGCCAUUUCUUUCCACCAUGGCUGACAAAGGUCAUUCACAGACGAGAAGAAAAGAGAGAAAAGAUCCAGAAGCAGCUGAAAGGACCAAGGGAGUAAAGGAGAAUGAAUCGGGAAAAAAAGAAAACAAUGGAGAAAUUCCUCCAGCUGAGGCAGCAGCUAAUGGUGGUGCAGUGGCUAAUGGUGAAAAUGGAGAGUUUAAGGUAGAACCAAUGGAACUACCUCCGUUUGAAAUCAUCAAAGGGGACCGCAUUGAUCCUUUUGCGUUUAAGUUCCAAUUCAAGAAUGUGGAGUACUCCUCAGGUCGCAAUAAGACCUUUCUGUGUUACCUGGUAGAUACAGGCAACACAGCUGAUGGACUUCUGAGGGGCUAUCUGGAGGAUGAGCAUGCUGGUGCUCAUGCUGAGGAAGCCUUCUUCACACAGUGCCUGCCAGACUACGACCCUGCACUUAAAUACACAAUUACCUGGUAUGUGUCUUCUAGUCCCUGCUCCACUUGUGCAGGGAAGAUCGCUGAGGUGUUGAAGGCCAGGACAAACAUCAAGCUGAGCAUUUUUGCAGCGCGGCUGUUUGAGUGGGAGGAAGAAGAGAUUCAAGCGGGGCUGAGGGCCCUGCAUGCUGCUGGCUGUAAACUGAGGAUCAUGAAGCCUCUGGACUUCUCCUACACCUGGGAUACAUUUGUGGAAAACGAAGAAGAACCGCUGAACCUGUGGGAGGACUGUAAAGAAAAUUAUGAGUAUUAUCAUGAAAAGCUGGCUGACAUUCUGCCAUGAACAAAAUCCAGUAUGAAAUGGAUCCAGUGUGGGUUUCCCCAUCAACAGUAUGAAUUGCCCCAUCUACCAUCACCAUUAAUGCUUUGUUGUUGCCGUUCCUAGUGCUAAAAUAUAAUAGUUCACUUCUACCGUCACCCUUUCCUGUGUAAUAAUGCUGUCAUCAAGCUUUGUGUUCACACAUUAUCUGACUGAUCCUAACACCUGGUUCACACUUCAGACAUUAGUGCUUUAAUCUACAUGUUUUGGAGUAUUUCCAGUUUAAAGUGCAAAUGCCUAUGUUCAUGUACAGCAUAUAGAAUAUUAAGCCACUUAAGUUUGUUACUGUAUUUUCCACUCUGAUGUGUCUGUGUGUAAGUGAGAGAGAGAGAUGGAAGGAAGGGAGGGAGGGACAGAGACACUUAGUGUUGAUGACGAUGAGCAUUGUGAGAAAGUGAUGAAUGAGUGCGUGUCAGCUUUUCUAAUUUCUAAUGCCUAAGUCAUUCAUAUCUUUUUAAAGGACCGGAUCAAGUCACGUACAAUGAACACGUGACUUUCUUGGUCAGUGAUGGUGCAUCUGCAUAGAAAGCGUUCCAGAUGUUAUUUUUGUUUUGUUUUUUUUUAAAAUCCGUAACACAUGACGUCAUUUUCUUAAAGCACACGGAUGAAGAACUGAAGCUGCUGCCUUAAAUUUCUAAACACAGAGAUAAGCUCUGGAGAUAGUCCACACUUUUUUUGUGUAUCACAAACCUGUGUCUGUUCUGUUUUUUUUCUAGUUCUUUCAGUAAUAAACAGAUUCAGUAGUC